GGCGUUCCGGAGACACAGCGGCUCUGGUCCUGGAGCCCGGACACUGACGUCUGGACCGCCUCGCCUCAGAGCGCGGUGUCCACGUCUUCCGGCGCCUUGGCUGAGCGGAGCGGUGCGGCUGGGUGGAGCCCUGCGCGCCUUGUCCGGAGGCCCAGCGCACUAGAGCGAGCAAGUGAUAAUCAAGUUACUAUGAGUCUGCUAAACUGUGAAAACAGCUGUGGAGGCAGCCAGUCUGAAAGCGACUGCUGUGCCGCCAUGGCCAGCUCCUGUAGUGCCGCUGCGAAGGAUGACAGCGUGAGUGGGACUGCCAGCACAGGGAACCUCUCCAGCUCCUUUAUGGAAGAGAUCCAGGGAUUUGAUGUGGAGUUUGACCCACCCCUGGAAAGCAAAUAUGAAUGCCCCAUCUGCUUAAUGGCAUUACGGGAACCCGUGCAAACACCAUGUGGCCACAGAUUCUGUAAAGCCUGCAUCAUAAAAUCGAUAAGGGAUGCAGGUCACAAGUGUCCAAUUGACAACGAAAUACUGCUGGAAAAUCAACUAUUUCCUGACAAUUUUGCAAAACGAGAAAUUCUUUCUCUCACAGUGAAGUGUCCAAAUGAAGGUUGUUUACACAGGAUGGAACUGAGGCAUCUUGAGGAUCAUCAAGCAUACUGUGAGUUUGCUCUUAUGAAUUGUCCCCAAUGCCAACGUCCUUUUCAAAAAUGUGAAAUUAAUGUUCAUAUUCUCAAGGAUUGUCCAAGGAGACAGGUUUCUUGUGCAAAUUGUGCUGAAUUGAUGCCAUUUGAAGAUAAAGAGAUCCAUGAUCAGACCUGUCCUUUGGCAAAUGUCAUCUGUGAAUACUGUAAUACCAUGCUCAUCAGAGAACAGAUGCCUAACCAUUAUGAUCUGGACUGCCCUACAGCCCCAAUUCCGUGCACAUUCAAUACUUUUGGUUGUCAUGAUAAGAUGCAGAGGAAUCACUUGGCACGCCACCUCCAGGAGAACACCCAGUCACACAUGAGAAUGUUGGCCCAGGCUGUUCAUAGUUUAAGCCUUGCUUUAACUCCCAUUCCUCAGCGGGAUGCCUUUGCACGUGAUCCUGCCUCUCUGCCUCGAGUUCCCUCACAGGAUUUCCAGGAAACCAUUCACCAGUUAGAGGGUCGCCUUGUAAGACAAGAUCAUCAAAUCCGGGAGCUAACUGCUAAAAUGGAAACUCAGAGCAUGUACGUAAGUGAGCUCAAACGGACUAUUCGAUCCCUUGAGGACAAAGUUGCUGAAAUCGAAGCACAGCAGUGCAAUGGGAUUUACAUAUGGAAGAUUGGCAACUUUGGGAUGCACUUGAAAUCUCAAGAAGAGGAGAGACCUGUUGUCAUUCACAGCCCUGGAUUCUACACAGGCAAACCCGGGUACAAGCUCUGCAUGCGCUUGCACCUUCAGUUACCGACUGCGCAGCGCUGUGCAAACUAUAUAUCCCUCUUUGUCCACACAAUGCAAGGAGAGUAUGACAGCCACCUCCCUUGGCCCUUUCAGGGUACCAUACGCCUUACAAUUCUUGAUCAGUCUGAAACACCCAUAAGGCAAAACCAUGAAGAGAUAAUGGAUGCCAAACCAGAGCUGCUUGCCUUCCAGCGACCCACAAUCCCACGGAACCCAAAAGGUUUUGGCUAUGUAACUUUUAUGCAUCUAGACGCCCUAAAACAGAGAACCUUCAUUAAGGAUGACACAUUGUUAGUACGCUGUGAGGUCACUACCCGCUUCGACAUGGGUAGCCUUCGGAGGGAGGGUUUUCAGCCACGAAGUACUGAUACAGGGGUAUAGUCUUCUUUCAUUAUUUUAUAUAUAUGUGUGUGUAAAAAAAAAAACCCUGUCUAGAGAAACAGUGCCUCUUUGUGCCCUUCCUGAUAAUAAUAUGCAAGCCAGAAAAGCAGAGGGCAAGCAAGAUGUCACACCCACUAGUGAAUGUAGUUGAAGAAGGCACUUAGCACUUCUUCCUGUUAUAGAUGCACCUGAGGGUAUUUUUACUUUGGAUUCCAGACUGACAGUGCGUCUCAGAGAUGUUAUGCCUCAAGUGCCUGUGGCGUGUUUCAGCAGCUGUUUUGUCAGUUAGGAUACCUCGUUGCUAUACUUCAUGGACUUUUGCUCUAACGUAUUUUAUUAUCAGAAAGCCCAGAGUCAGACUACUGAAGUUCAAGCCUUUAAUAAUAAUGGACUUUCCUGAAAACUACAGGUUAUUUUUAUACUGAUAUAUGUAAUAUAUUAAAUGUGAGAAUCACUACUGUCUUGUGCUGGUGCCAGCAAGAAGAAUUAUUGCUCUAGAGAGUUGAGUUCUCAUUUUAUUUGAACUAUAAUCCUUGGAAAGCUUAAGUUCUCAUUUACUCCAUUUUUUUUCUCCAGGUGGUUACUAAGGCUAUUCAAGGACUAGUUUAAACCCUAAAUAUAACCUUCCUUAUUUAGCAAAAACAUAUUAUGUGUUGAAUGAUACUUAACUGUUUACUCUGCCUUGCUUCACCUAUCUCCUUGGGGCCACAGAAUAGCAUCUUCAGAGUUUAUGAUGCUGAGAACCGUGUGGAUACCAACUGCUCAGUCUUAUGCUCUGUAACCCUUUUUGUCUAUUCAUCUGUUCAUUGGAAGGUGAAUUUCACAGCACUGCAUAUGUCUUUACUUGUUUGAUGCUUAAAGGACAAGAGAAUGUGCACAUAAAAUCUCCAACAUAAAAAUUAAAAGUGACUCAGCUAGUAAACCAUUGUCACUACAUUGGUGAUGGGAAAAGCUCUGGGUGAGCCAGAAAUGUUCAGCUCUUUUGAAUACCUCUUUGUUUAGUUCAUUUAAAUGGAAAAAGUUGAUUUCCCCCAAACAGAAUUUCUUACAACUUUGGUAGGUCAUUGGAGGCAGCUGAGAGGUCACAGACUAAGGUUGGAAGUCAUAGUGGUUGAAUCACAGCUUGGCUUGAGUAGGUAGUCCAGCAAUUCUCAAGUGCAUCUGUCCUGUGGAAUGUUGAAGUGGCCAGAUGUUCCUAACAGAGGAUUUAGUGCUAUUUUUUAUAUGUGCAUAUAAUGGAACAGAAGGACUGUAGAUAGAUAUCUAAUUCUCAAGGAACCCCACAACUACUAUAGGCUCUUAUUAAGGAUCUAACAAUCUAGCCACUGUUAGAUUUAUUUACUCAAGAUUACUUAAAGUCUGAUAAUGAGAGAUGGUAUUGUGUCUCCAGGGAGGCCAAAUCAGAAUGCCUGAGUAGGGUUUAAGACCAGAACUAAUUUCCAAAGAAAGCUGAAAGACCUUGUCUGUGGAGAAGAGUCUGGUUUUCGGUGUCACUUUGAACUUUCCCUUCCCUUUUCUCUCUACACUCCCUCCCCACUUCACUGUUCGGCUCCUGCUCUGGUGAGUUUGUUACAGAGUGAAAAUAAAAGUCAAGCAGAGACCUUGUUUGCCUGUGCCACGUUUAGUGUCACGGCCCAUGGCUGGUCACCAUGGAUUCCCUGGCAGUGUGUCCUUUAGUUAUGCUUUCCAGCUAACUCCUGAGAGUCAUUGCAAUACCACCCUUUAGGUAGGGAAACCUGUACAUCUGCUGUUCCUGUCAUGGUUUUUUUUUUUAAUGAAUAAAUAAUUGUC